GUUUUUCGUGAUAAGCUGAAGAUUGAGAGUAAGGUUUUAAUAUCAUUAUACAACCUGACCGUCCAGCAAGUCCACAGUAUGGCAGAGUUAUCACCUUUCAAACCAGUUGUGCACGUUUCGCCAAUUUGGCCAAAACGACAGCGGCCAAAAUCGUUCAAAAAAGUUGUAAGAAAUCUUGUCAAGGUAAUGAGGUUUGUGCAAAAAGUCAAACAUCUAGCAGACACUGAAAUAAGUGAGCAGAGCGAAGGCCUUGCUAAAGAAAUGCAAGAGAGAGAAGAGCGAUUGGAAAAGGUUAAAGGUCGUGCUAAACUUAAAGAGGAUGGUACUGAAGAAAGGAUCCUGACUGGCUGGAAGAAAUGCAGGCAACGGUCAAUAACAUAUUUACACUAUUUAGAGAAAAUGAGGCCCAUCACUGAAAACCAGUUGGGAAAAAACCUGACGAGAAACGCGUCGAGCUGGGAAAAGCUUCAUCACUUUACCAUGAAAGGAAAGAAGUUUCAGAAUUCUAUUUGGAUGAACAAGAUAGUAAACAAAUACAAACUGAACGAACCGUCAAAUAGAGUAGCUGAUGCCAUCACCAACAGAGGCGCCGACUGGAUUCUUGCGAAAGGAAGACCCAAUCAAGCUAACACAUGUUCCAGUACUACAUCAAAGGCUGCUGAACCAGCGCAGAGGAGUCAAAUGUCAUCUUUGGAUCCAAAACUCGAUCCAAGGUUUAAAAACUUGUUGCGUUCACUGACACCUAUUGAUUGCUAGAUUUGUUUUAAGGUGACGUCCCGUACGCAACAAGGUCACUCGAGAAGUUGACACUUACUGAACUUUAGUAAUGAAUGAAUGAAUCAUGAAUGAAUGACGAACGACCUCAUGUAAGUGUCAAAGAGUAUUUAGCUUUAGAAAAAACUUAUUGGGUUCUCUAUUUACACAUUGUCACUAGCUCUUGAUGUGGUCCUAAACCAUCACAGUCUAGCACGCAGCAUUUUAGCGAAUUCUCCUGUUAUUUCCUUCUAUGCAGAGAAAAUUUAAAACCACUCGCCCGAACAAAACAUGACACAGUGUCCUUGGUCGGGAUCGAAGCUGGGACUCCUGAUACACAGUUCAACGCAACAAAUAUUGGUCAAUAUUGUGGCCCCGUAGUACUAUAAUGAUAUAAUAAUAAUAGUAACUUCAUUUAACGAGGGAAACACUCUACACUCCUGGACUGAGAAACCUGUGGCCGUGAUUGAAGUUUCAGUGUAAGCUUCAGUAUCAGACUGCCGAUGUAUGAUGGCAUGUAAAAGGUUUUUCUUUCCCGUGAAACGUAUCUCUAUCCAGAGGGCCUAGAAAGAUGUGAUGGAUGUCUUUUCUAGAAUUACUGAUCCGCCUAGAUUAGCCCAAUAUCAGUUCACAUUUGUACUAAAUUUUUUAAUUAAAACAACUUAAAAUAAAGCGUGUAUAUAAAAGUGUGUAAAGUGUGUUGAUAAUUUAAAUCAUGUUCCUUCAUCAGUAAACCAAAAAUUUUAAUAAUGAAUGCGGGAUAUCAUUUAGUUACAUCUACCAUCAAAAAUUCUCAUUAACUUUCUACAUAGGUACAUGUAUGAAAAAUAACUGCGUACAAUAAAUCUAUUUGGAUCUUUUAAAGUACUUUUAUUCACAUGGAAAAGAAAGUUGCAUUGAGCUGUCUGUUUAUGAUUGAAGACCGCUGACUAGAAAUGACAAAAUGCUUUAUUUUAAAUAUCGACGCGAAGUUAGAAGAAUUAUUCAGACCACGGAUCUCACUCUCCACUAGCAUUUCUUCAGUUUAGUUGGAGAUUCGCAUAGUUUAUUCAGACUUUACCUAGACCUGUCAACUCCUAGACAAGCAGGAAGCCAGUCGCCUUGCUCAUACUCUCCUACCGUACCGCGUGCGUUCUUAGUGAAACUCAGGCUCCCUCCACACUACGCCAGUAGAAUUUGAAAAUGGAGGUUUCACUCUGAAAACACAUCAAAUGUUUUCC